GGGAGUUGCACUACUGUAUAUGCUGUGCCAAUGCUAUAUGUCGGUGGUUGCUAGAAUAUAAAUUUGUACGUAAUCGAGAUGAAACAGAAGCAAAUGUUUUGAUAAACAAAACAUUUUGCGUAUUAAAUUAUAGAAUUUCAUAAUAUAAUCUCAUCAGUAAUUUCAGCUGUAAUAGAUCUUCUAUUAAAAGAUUUUUGAAUUUUUUUAUCAGGAAAUUCUCGAGGUAAUGCAUGAAUGUUAAUAUUAAUAAUGGAAUUGAAAUUGUUACAUAUUAAUUAAUAAAGGUGUAUGUCUCUUUAGAAGAAAGGUCAUCUACAUUGAGUAAAUUUAUUGAUGAUAUUGCAUUUCAUAUUUGUAGCAAGGCAAUUUUUCUUUAGUAGAAUGCCUUACUAUGCAGUUGCAAAAGGUCGAAAACCUGGAAUUUAUGGCACAUGGGAUGAAUGCAGUACUCAGGUUCUUAAAUUUCCUGGAUCCAUGUAUAAAAAAUUUGCUACAGAAAGUGAGGCUCAAAAUUUUAUAAAAGGACGUUCCUCUUCAAACGUAGGAACAAAUUUGACCAAAAAUUUUGUCUCAUUGAAAAUGGUUAAACCUGUAGAAUCGCAAGUUCUACCAAAACAAGUGUUUCUGCUUGGAAGCAAACAAACUGCAGUGGCUCAGACAAAAUUAUUAUCAUCACUUUCAAAAAGGACUUUAUUAACAAAUAGCAAUACUAAUGAACAACCAAGUAAAAAAAGAAAAAUUAUAUCAGAUAAUACAGACUUUACUUUAACUCAACUUUCUGAUCAGGAUGGCAAAGUGGAUUUUAUUAUGGAUGAAGAUGGCUAUGUUAAUGUCUUCACUGAUGGCGCAUGCAGUUCCAACGGAUACAAAAACGCGCGAGCCGGUAUCGGCGUUUGGUUUCAAGACAAUCAUCCAUUGAAUGUAUCUCGACCAGUGGAGGGACGACCAACUAACAACAUGGCAGAAAUCCAAGCUGUCACAGUAGCUGCAAGGCAAGCUAAGAAAGCAGGAAUAAAAAAGCUCAAGAUAAAUACUGAUUCGAAAUUCCUCAUUUCCUGCAUCAUGCAAUGGAUGCCAGGUUGGAAGAAGAGAGGAUGGAGGACAGUGGAUAACAAGCCAGUUAUAAAUAAAACGGAAUUGUUGGAAAUGGAAAAAGAAUUGAAAUCGCUGACCAUUGCUUGGAAUCAUGUGAAUGGGCAUGUAGGGAUUCAUGGUAAUGAAAUGGCAGACAAGCUGGCGAGAAAGGGCUGCUUGCUGUACAAAUAAAAUUGAA